GGUACCAUGUCUCAGCUUCUUUGGCCAUUACAAAACUCAAUAGGCAUACACGAACAUGUACCUGGUAACUACCAAAACCCAACCACUUGGAGCCAUUCUUCGUUUUGGGGGGGAUUAGAGUAGGGAAAUUAUCUACGGAAGCCAGCCGGGGCCAGGCUUAAGCAAAGAACAGGAGCCAUUCUUCUGGUUUAUUUCUGCAUUAGACUACUCCAUAGCUACUGUACUUCGCAUUCCCCCGACCACCAAAAGGAAGCCUUCACAAAAACCUGUUUGUGAGGCCUGGCAACGGGAUCACUCAUUAACGAGGGAGCUACCAGCUACCAGCUACCAGGCCUACUAGUAGCUAGGCAUCGAAAGUCGAAAGUCACCUCCCACAAAAACGAAAUCACAUCCAGCACAAUCCCCUGGUCAUUCAUUAUCAGAUAUCUCCCUUCCUCCUUAGUUAGUCUAUUAUCAUCCUUAGAAACAUGAAAGACACUUCUAUUUCUGCCGCUAAUGCCUUGGUGGACUCGGAGAUUCUUCAAGAGCGGUACCGCGAUGAAGAUGACUUUGAUGAGGACAUUGAGGGGUCUUCAAGCGGCCAGUCUGCGACAACGUUUUCCAAUCGGGACUUGGAAAGGGGUGGCAGCGAUGGAGCCAAAGAGCUCAGAGAUACAGUCAUCAAGAACGAAGAGAGGGCAGUCAAGAGAAGCAGAUGUUUGGUUGGAACUGGCAUUGCUAUUUGUGCCCUGGCCAUCUCUAUUGCUGUUUACUUGAUUGCGAAGCGAAGCGAUCAAAGCAGCUUCGAGUUGGAGUACGAGGGUAUCAUCAAGGAUGUCCAAACCCUGGUGCGAUGGGAAGUCCGCUACAACUUUGCCCUGGUGGAGCAGCUCAGUUCAUCCAUUUCGAUUGCUGCUGGAUACUUGAACUCCUCCUUCCCUUUCCAUACCGAACCUCAGUACGAGAUUUCUGGUGGGUUUGUGGAUGGCAUGGGAGGAAUCAUGUCUGCCGCCUUUGCACCAUUGGUUACAGAGGAACAGCGGGAAGAGUGGGCAAACUACACCAUGGCGAACCAAGGGUGGAUCAAGGAGAGUGCUUACUUGAAGAAGGUCCAUCCAGUCCACAGAGAUGCAUUGCAUGGGACCAUCCAAGAUCACGAGCAUGACCGUCGCCGUCGACUACAGGAAGAAAACAUCUCGAGCGUCAUUUACAGAUGGGAGAACGGGGAGAAGGCGCCUGAACUCCAGCAGCCCGGUCAUGUCUAUGCCCCUCUCUGGCAGGUCUCUCCGGCUGACUAUGGUGCGGUGAACGCCAACCUGCUUUCCGAUCCUCGCAUUGCAAGUUUAUACAUGUCCAUGCUCAAGAUGCACGAAAAUGCUACCAGCAACUUUGACGUUGGAAAGAACUCUGGAGUAUUGUCUAGCAACUUUGAAGUUGGCGACCUGUUUGACUUUCUCUUUGACCCGGAAGAGAAACACAUGAAGAAGGACCCUCAUGGAUUCAUUCUUCAACCCGUGUACGACAAGCUCGCAGAACCAGAACACCAGAAACUCGUUGGGAUCCUUGUGGGAAUCACUCCUUUCGGCAACCUACUGGAUCGACUUCUUCCUGAUGGCAGGGAUGGUGUUCUUGGUGUCUUGAAAGACGAUUGCGGCAACGUCAUGAGCUUUGACAUGAGUUCCAGCAAAGCCUACUUCCUCGGGUAUGAAGAUCUUCACGAACCUGAAUUCAAUGACUACGCCAGGAUUGAAGAGAACAUUGAAAUGUACCAGAAGCGAGUGGAAGGCGUCUGCACCCAUGAUUUGUAUCUUUACCCGAGUUCAAAGCUUCGGGACAGCUACACCACAUCCAGGCCUGCUCUCUACACAACCCUUGUUGCAUUGGCGUUUGCCGUUGUGAUGGCACUCUUCGUCCUCUACGAUUGGACUGUCACCAGGCGCCAAAACAAGACAAUCAAUACCGCUUUGACAACUCAAGCCAUUGUGACAUCCCUCUUCCCUGCGGAAGUUGGAAAGCAAAUGAUCAACGAGGCUCACCAAGGCAAGGAAGAAGAACAUGCGCAGAAACAGAACAACGAGAAGAGCGUGCCCAAUGGCCCCUUGGCCGCUGGGCAGACUGAAAUGGGUGCUAUCAACAACCAAACUGCUUUGGCUCGGUUAUACCCCGAAGCCACGGUUAUGUUCGCUGAUCUAGUGGGAUUCACUGCCUGGUCCUCGCUGCGUUCCCCAGAGCAAGUCUUCCGCCUGCUGGAAACUUUGUACAGCUCUUUCGAUGAAAUGGCGAAUCGCAGGAGGGUGUUCAAGGUGGAAACAAUUGGCGACUGUUAUGUUGCCGUUUGCGGGCUCCCCCAGCAAAGGAAGAAUCAUCAUGUGAUCAUGUCGAGAUACGCUCAAGAUUGCCUGCAAGCCAUUGGGCCUCUCCUGCAGAAGCUUGAGAUGGAGCUUGGACCCGAUACGACUGAGCUUGGCAUUCGAAUCGGUUUGAACAGUGGACCUGUCACUGCUGGGGUUCUUAGGGCCGAGAGAGCCAGAUUUCAGCUGUUUGGCGACACAGUUAACACUGCUGCUCGCAUGGAGUCAACUGGCCAAAGAAACAGAAUUCAGAUUUCGCAAGACACCGCCGAUUUGUUGACUGAAGGGGGGCGAGGCCACUGGGUAGUGCCCCGCACAGAGGUUGUUGAUGUGAAGGGCAAGGGUCAGCUGAAGACGUGCUGGCUAGUUAUCAAGAACGACAGUGCCAUGUCUGCCAUAUCCGGGUCAACUUCUGGAACCGAUUCUAGCUCAACCGGAACAAAUGAGCUUCAGCAUAGCUUGGAGCAACCGGCGCCAGCAAUCCAGACGUCUUUGGGUGCAAGCAGAAAGCUUGACGCCAAGUCCAGACGUUUGGUGGAUUGGAAUACAGACAUUUUGUUGCGCUUGCUUCGGGUCAUUGUCUCUCACCGUCAAACCAUGGGCAUUGCCUCAGAUGCGCCCGAUGAAAUGCGGAUGGCCGAGGAUGUCCUCGUAAAGCCAGGAACAAUUGCAUUCGACGAGCUUGCUGACAUUAUUUCGCUGCCAGGAUACGAUUCCAGGGGAGACAAGAACAAGCUUGAUGUAGAAUCUGUGAAAAUUGGUGAAAGCGUGGCCGACCAGCUGAGGGAUUUCGUUGCCUCCAUUGCCUCCCUCUAUCAUUCCGAAAACGACUUCCACAACUGGGAGCACGCCACACAUGUCACCAUGUCUGUGAACAAACUUCUGACGCGGAUCACUGACUCAAAGGGCGGGGAAUCAGACUUUAGCAGUUACGGUUUGUCCAAGGACCCGUUGACAAGUUUCGCUGUGGUUCUGUCUGCACUUGUGCAUGAUGUUGACCAUGGUGGUGUUCCCAAUGCUCAGCUGGUGAAAGAAGGGACCGAGCUGGCUGCCAAGUACAAGAACAAGAGUGUGGCUGAAUCUCGGUCUGUGGAUGUCGCCUGGGAUCUCUUGAUGCAGGAUUCGUACGAAGAUCUUCGCCGCAUGAUUUACUGCAACAAGCAAGAGCUCAAGCGGCUUCGCCAAGUCGUUGUUGCGUCGGUAAUGGCCACGGACAUUGCAGAUAAAGAACUCAAGACAAAACGAAACACUCGAUGGGAAAAAGCAUUCAAUGAAAGCUGCUAUGAUGCUGAUGAGAAGGAAAACACGGAUAGAAAGGCCACCAUUGUGAUUGAGCACAUUAUGCAGGCAUCCGACAUUGCACACACAAUGCAACACUGGCACAUCUACAGGAAGUGGAACGAGCGUCUCUUUAGAGAAAUGCAGGGUGCAUACAAAUCAGGAAGAUCCACUGCUGACCCUGCGACCUUCUGGUACAAGGGCGAAAUUGGUUUCUUUGACUUCUACAUCAUUCCGCUCGCCAAGAAACUGAAGGAAUGCGGUGUAUUUGGGGUUUCAAGUGACGAGUAUUUGAGUUAUGCUCAGGCAAAUCGCAGGGAGUGGGCCGAGAAAGGGGAACAAAUUGUGCAGGAGUAUCUUGUGAAAGUCAGUGAAGAGAGUUAGUUGUCUGGCUACCACUUCCGAGCCACCAAAUCGACAUGGCCCAAUCUAGCAAAGGUGUCGGGCGGUGUCAUAAUGGAAAUUAGGAUCUGUAUAUUUAUUUGUCGU